AUGGGUUCAGUAGCUGAAUUUUCCCUCGCUGCGGCGGAUCUGUUCAAUGUCAAUGGCCUUGUCGCUGUUGUCACCGGGGGGGCAACUGGAAUCGGUCGAAUGAUGGUCAAGGCACUUGAGCAGAAUGGUGCGAAAGUCUAUGUUGUCGGGAUCGACAAAGAUGCCGUAGAGAAAAUGGCCAAAGAAGAGGCGAAGCAUGGAAAUAUAAUCCCCUUGCAGGGCGACGUUACCUCGAAGCAAGACCUAGAGCGUAUCGUCGCUUUUAUUACCAAGGAAACAGGCUACAUUAAUCUCCUUUGUGCAAAUGCCGGUAUUCCGGGGCCUACCCCUAUCAAGAUUACACCAGCAUCUACACUUGAAGAUAUCCAGAGGGAUCUUUGGAACAGCGACGAGGAACAAUUCGAUCGCAUCUUCCAGGUCCACCUCCGCGGCGUAUAUCUGAGUUUUGCAGCAUUCCUACCACUACUCAGUGCUGGCAAUGCCAAGAGAAAUGUAUCUCAAAGUAGUCAGAUGAUCAUCACGGGCUCCAUAGGAGCUUUCGGUCGUGUGCCGCUGGCCCAUUUCGCCUAUUCGGCCAGCAAAGCUGGGGUGACACAUAUGGCAAAACAAUUCGCCACCGCUUUCACUAGACACAACAUUCGAUUCAACGUUAUUGCGCCAGGCCUGUAUCCAUCCGAGAUGACAAAGGAAAUCGUGAAAGCGACUGAGGACCUGAAGCGGAACCCGGAAGCCUAUGCGAGCCAGGUUUCGCCUCUUGGCAGACAUGGCAACGCUCAAGAUAUUACAGGCUGCAUUCUCUGGCUCGCUUCAAAGGCAGGUUCGUGGCUUUCAGGGAUGGUUGUUGUAACAGAUGGAGGUAAACUGUCUAUCACUCCCUCAACAUAUUAG